AUGUUACGUCGUCAACACAAGAAAAGUCGUAAAGGCUGCACUGAGUGUAAGCGGCGACAUAUGCGAUGCGAUGAACAACGGCCCACAUGUUUCAACUGCAUCAAGGCCGACCGCCUCUGUUCUUUUGGCGAGGAGCCAUACAUACGGGGCCAUGAUGUGUCCCCUCGGUCGAAUCAUCACUCUGCUAGGACAUCACCAGAUUUCCAGCCAAACGGAGACCCCGACGCCGUCAACAUGCUUCACAUGGAAUUACUUCUCCACUUCAGCUUCGACGUCUACGUUCCCGAAUUCGAUGACAACCUGGGGAGACCUGCAACCGAGCUGGUUCUGGACAUCGCCCAGGAGGCACCUUUCUUGAUGCAGGGGGUCCUGGCCAUGUCUGCACGCCAUCUUUCCAUUAUUCGGCCCGAGAAGUCGGCGCUUUACCUCGAUCAAGCAGUCAGGUUGCAAACCAGAGCGAUCGAAAUGUUCAACAUGACGCACCAUGAAGAAGGCAGGAGCACAUGCGUAGCCCGACUGUUGUUUUCUUCUGUCCUUGGCCGCCACAUCUUGGCUGAUGUGCUUCGUGAUGAUGGCCUGGACUUCCCUAGUUUCUUGAACCGCUUCACUCACGGCGUUAGGAUUCAUGGCGGAGUCAAAGCCGUCGCCGCUCAACAAGAUUGGGUUUCUCUUUUGGAGACUGAAUUCGGCCCGCUGAUGACCAGGGGAUUGGCGGCGGACAUGUACGAUAAAACCAUUGAGCCAAACGAGACUCUGCAGUCUCUCAUAGCUCACUCAUCCAACUUGGAUGAAGAGGAAAGAUCAGCAUGUGAGAUGGCACUUCGACUGGUGGAUACCGGCCUCCAUGACCUAAGGGAUCCAACCAGGGUGGAGUGCGGACGACGGAUGAUGUUUACCUGGUCGAUCAUGCUGUCUGAUCUUUACAUCUGCCUUUUGGAGCGCCAGGCCCCGGAGGCGUUGGUGAUUUUAGCACGAUACAGCAUGUUUCUUCACUUCGGUAGGAGCUUUUGGCAGAUCGGAGAGGCCGGGCCGCACCUUCUACAUGCCAUCAGUGCUCACCUGGGACCGAUGUGGCAGCCCUGGCUAUCAUGGCCGGAAGAGAUUCACGAUGUUGAGCAUGGGACAUUUUCUCGGACACAAGGAAAUGUUCUUGCGUAA